CUGUUCUUUGUCAACAACAUCAUCAUAAUCCAAGCCAACAACAAGCUCGAAGAUUCCGCAGACGAAUCCGAGCAAAGCGCUACCUAUUAGCCUUCGCAUAUUUCUUACCUCCAGCUCUGGAAUUGCGCAUACCAACCAGUACAAGCAUCGGCGCGUCGCAUCGCAUACCUCAUUCCAACCACCAAUAUGGAUCUACUCCAUGAUCUCACCUUCGAGAUGCUACGCUUCUACCACGCCUCAGAACCGUACACCAAACCGCUCACCAAGCUCCUUGUCACCAUGAAGAACGAGACAUACCCCCUCGUCCUGCCAUACAUGAACCGGCUCGCGGUCCUGGCCCAGGACUCGCCCGCUAUAAUCACAGUCGGCAUCUUUCUGCUGAUACUGUUGAUAGCGCUGCAGAUACUGGCUGUGAUGAAGAGGGUGAUGAUGUUUUGGUUUAGGCUGGUUAUGAGGUUGAUAUUCUGGGGGGUGGUGGCGUUGGUGAUUAGUGUGGUGAUGCAGAGGGGCGUGGGCAGGACGGUGGAGGAUAUUAUGGGGUGGGGGGAGGAGUUGAGUACGGUGUGGUGGAGGGAGUAUGAGAGGUGGGAGGGAUAUCAGAAACAGCAGCAGAGAGGUGUGCAACAACCGUUUGGCAGGGGAAAUGCGGAGACUUCGUGGAGGUAAUAGGCGGUGGUGAGGAUGUGGAGUGAUUCUUUGGGUAUAGGUCUGGGAUAUUGCAUUGGGUUGGGGCGUUUCUGCGUAUAGGGUUGGGGGUUUUCAUGGGAAAGGCGUUUAGAGGAAAGGCUUACAGGACAUGAGAUGGAAAAGAGGGUUUUCAGACCUCGUGGUAUUAUUAUGGUAUCAUAAUGGAAUUAACGCCAACGCUAU